ACACUGUAACUUCAUUUGUAGUCCGUUUGGAGUGGUGCAGUUUACCACAGCACUCGAACGCAGCAGCUGCUGUUUGGUUUCCAGGGCAACGGUUGGCCACGGAGAGGACGAUGGUUUACAUCACAGAGGAUUUGAUCCGCCGGCGCGCCGAGCACAAUGAGUGUGAGAUCUUCUCCCUGGAGGAAGUUUCUCUGCAUCAGCAGGACAUCGAGAGGAUCGAACACCUCGACAGGUGGUGCAGGGAGCUGAGGAUCCUCUACCUGCAGAACAACCUCAUCCCCAGGAUCGAAAAUGUUGGCCGACUGAAGAAGCUGGAGUACUUGAAUCUGGCCUUGAACAACAUUGAAGUCAUUGAAAACCUUGAAGGCUGUGAGAGCCUGCAGAAACUGGACCUGACGGUGAACUUCGUGGGCCGCCUGAGCAGCGUGGAGUCCCUGAGACACAACAUCCACCUCCGAGAACUGUUUCUGGUGGGGAACCCCUGCACGCGGUUCGAGGGCUACAGGCAGUUUGUGGUGGCUGCACUGCCUCAGCUCAAGAGUCUGGACGGGACGGAGAUCAGCCGGUCAGAACGGAUCCGAGCCUCGCAGGGUCUGGAGGAGGUGAGGAGGCGCGUCGCUGAGCAGGAGCAGGAAUACCUGAGGAGGAGAGCUGAGGAGAAAGAGGAGGCGAGGAGGAAGGAAGCAGGAGUUGAGGAGGAAAAGAAGGAGAGGAAGCCAGGCUUUGACGGCCGCUGGUACACCGACAUCAACAACACGGCCAGUCCAGAGUCAGAGGAGAAUAAGGAGAACCGGGAGCUGAAGGAGAACCCAAAGAACCUGGAGGAGGAUGAGGAGCAAAGGGAGCGCGAGUUCUGGCACACACCGUGCAGCUUCACCCCCGAAUCUCGUCUGGAGGCUCACCGGCACCUGGAGGAGAAGAGGCGGGCCAAGGAGAAGGGGAAGGAGAAGAAGCCGAAGGCCCCGAGGACGCUGAUCACUGCUGACGGACGAGUCUUGAAUAUCAAUGAGCCCAAGCUGGAUUUCUCUCUAACAGAAGAUGAGGAAAACAACACGAUUAUCUUGGACCUGGAAGUGCACAGACACAUGGACACCUCUUUGAUCGAUGUGGACGUUCAGCCGUCGUACGCCAGAGUCACCGUCAAGGGAAAGAUAUUUCAGGUGGUUCUGCCGGCCGAAGUGAAGCCCGACAGCUCGACGGCUCAGAGGUCCCAAACCACCGGACACCUCCUCCUGACAAUGCCCAGGGCUGAAGGUGAAAUCAAAGUGACGAAGACAAUCCCAAGUCCACCCAGAGUGUGUCAGAACAGACGCGGCGGCGGCUUAUCGGAGGAUAAUCAAAGGAAAAAUAACGUUCCUGAGAGGCUGGAAGUCGACCCGAGCAAGCGCACAGCCGUCGACCUCGCCAUCAUCGUGCCGCGCCAGAGCGCCAAAGAAGGGCCGAUGGAAGCAUCCAGACCGGCUCCACCACCCGCCGAGGAUCACUUCUCUGAAGGAUUUUCCCAAAGUGUGCGUCAACCUCCAAACUGCAGUUCCUGUGAUCUCCACUUGAGGCACUGGAUUUCUGACAAACGCCUUGCUCAGAGUCGCCGUGGGUGGCCUGAGAUCUGCGAAGGCCCAAGCAUAUGAUCCACAUCGUCUUCAUCACACCAGUCAGUGAGCCCUCGCGUCCUGUGGAGGGGGACCGCUCCAUCAGGGUGGACAGAGGCCAUCACUCAGGACGCCAUACCAGCAAAAUGCCCUCUCACUGCACAGGUCACCAGUUCAAGGUUUUUCCUUUAAUUUGUCACCUCGAACGUACAUACAGUUUUCCUUAUUUAUGACAGAAGUCCCAAACAGAGUGGGAAUGACCUGACUUCCUCUGCUGAUAAAGGCCUUCAGGUUUGGCGUGAACCAAUGAGCAGUUUGAAACGGUGACGUGCCUUUUCAGUUUUCAGCCUGCAGCGUGCUCCAUCGCUGUGAGUGAUGUUUUCAUGGAGGACGGGGGAGGAAAGAAGACGUAACAGGUCCAUUUCGGAGGUCUCUGCGGGGUCUGAACACUGUCCGGCUCCGCCUCAGCGCCUGCAGCACUCAGACGUGAAAGCUGAGGGGAGGGUGGAGAAUAAAACACAGAAAAACCGCCUGCUACACCUGACAGGUGAUGAGUCCAAGACCCCGGAGGGCGGUGGAGACGUGGAGGCGCAUGAGGACGUUUCAUAUCAGGUUUGUCAUGAAAUGCAAGCUGCUCAUCUGGAAACAGCAACAACCUCAGCGUGUUUCUGGAUUCAGCUCAACGUUACGGAGGAUUUUUUUGACUGUAAACAGGCAAAUAUUCACCAGGCUGUGACUUGUUACAGUGUUACUGUUCAGAAACCCUGAUUAAACACGGCUGCUUCAGUUUCAGUUUCCACAGUUAAACUUUUAUUUUAGUCUGUUCGGGAUUCAUUCGCAGCUGUCUGUCUGUGCCAGCCGAUAACUCCGCCCACCCGUCCAGAUAUGGU